GCCGGCGGUGGUCUGCGGGUGGCACCGGCACCCAUGCACGGCGCGGAGGAGGCGGCGGCGGCGGGGCCGCGGGCGAGCGCGACCACCACGGCGAGCACGCAGACCGACAGCAUGGCCGGUCAAAUGCCAAGACUUUCUAAGGUCAAUCUUUUUACUUUAUUGAGUCUCUGGAUGGAGCUCUUUCCCUCAUCUGAACAACAGAAGAAAUCACAGGUGAAGAAGAGUGGUCUAGUUGUGGUGAAAAACAUGAAGAUUAUUGGUCUUCAUUGUUCCAGUACAGACUUGCAUGCUGGCCAGAUUGCACUCAUCAAACACGGAUCAAGACUUAAAAACUGUGAUCUUUAUUUUUCCAGAAAACCAUGUUCAACUUGUUUAAAAAUGGUUGUAAAUGCCGGGGUGAACAGGAUUUCUUACUGGCCUGCAGAUCCUGAAAUCAGCUUGCAGAACGAGGCGUCCAAUCCCAUGAGUACUGAUGAUGCAAAGCUAGAUGCCAAAGCAGUAGAAAGACUGAAGUCAAAUAGUCGUGCUCGUGUGUGUGUGCUGCUUCAGCCUUUGGUGUGCUAUAUGGUGCAGUUUAUUGAAGAAACUUCCACCAGGUUUGAUUUUAUUCAGAAAAUAGCAAAAUCACAGCCUGACUGUAAUACUGACUUUUAUACUGCAUGCAGACAAGAGAGAAUAAAAGAGUAUGAAAGCUUAUUCCUAAUUUCAAAUGAGGAAAUGCACAAGCAAAUAUUGAUGACAAUAGGACUGGAGAACCUCUGUGAAAAUCCAUACUUCACCAACCUUAGGCAAAAUAUGAAAGAUCUUGUCUUGGUCUUGGCAACAGUGGCCGCCAGUGUCCCUGUCUUCGGAUGCUUUGGAUUUUACAAUAGUGAAUCACCAAGAACAAAUGAAGUAGACAAGCAGUGUUUGCCCCAGGACAUCGCAAGGCACUGUAUGAUACAAGCCAGGCUACUUGCGUAUCGGACAGAGGAUCAUAAAACAGGAGUUGGAGCUAUUAUUUGGGCAGAAGAAAAAUCAAGAAGCUGUGAUGGAACAGGAGCAAUGUACUUUGUAGGCUGUGGUUACAAUGCCUUUCCUGCUGGAUCUGAAUAUGCUGAUUUUCCACACAUGGAUGAUAAGCAAAAAGAUCGUGAAAUCAGAAAGUUCAGAUACAUUAUACAUGCGGAGCAGAACGCCUUGACAUUCAGGUGUCGAGAAAUAAAGCCAGAUGAGAGAAGCAUGAUAUUUGUGACAAAGUGUCCAUGUGAUGAAUGUGUCCCUUUAAUUAAAGGAGCCGGUAUCAAACAGAUCUAUGCAGGAGAUGUUGAUGCUGGAAAAAAGAAAGCAGACAUAUCCUACAUGAAGUUUGGUGAACUUGAGGGUGUAAGCAAAUUUACAUGGCAACUAAAUCCAUUGCACACUAAUGCGCUUGAAUUCCAUGACCCUACAGCCAGGGAAAAUGGGAUCCAGAAAACAAAAUCGCUGGAUGACCAGCUGCACCAAAACAAGAAACUGUGUCUUGGUCACUAUUGAAUAAUUAAGCGCUUCUGCAGUCUUGCUUCAUACUUUUUAUAAUACAGCUUGUUUGCACUUUCAAAUAAGGAAGAGUUUUAUUUAUUGUUUGGAAAGUGAAUUUUACAAUAUGUUUAUUUAUGAUGUCUUUAAUGUUUUAUGGAAUUACCUGAAGGUCUUUUUAAUUUAGAAGCUCCUGGCGAAAAAAUGCUGCUUAUGUUUUUUGUGAAAGUAACUGGGUGGCUAAUCAUUGUUAACACAUUUGAAAAAAUACUGAAAGUUUGUUGCUGAUAGAUCAGAGUAAAAUAGUGUCUUAUUUGCUUGGUGUAUGGGUUGAAGGAAUGGAUUUCUAAGUUCUGGGCUAGCAAAAUGCAGAAAUAAGCCCUGGUUCUUCAAAUACAACUGUCAAAGGGAUCUUCUAGGCAGUGGUAGAUAAAUAAUCACCAGCAACUAUUUCUGUUCCUUAAAGUGGCUUUUGCUUCUCAGUCUGCUUCGCAAUAUAAUAGACACAAAACCAUUGGGAUAGCAAUCAUUGCUAGGUAAAUGAUUUGGAGAUCAAUCUUGUCUCUCAUACACACUGUCUUCCACCUACCAUAGCAGCAGAGCUGUUUUGUUUCGUGGUACUUGCCUUGCUGCUUUGUGUCCUUCCUCAAGUGCAGUCCAUCUGAUUUAAUGAAGCCAAAGAUUAGCUUUGGUUUCUCUCAGCUUCUGGAUGCAGGCCUAAAAUCAUUUGGCUGUAUGCAUCUCACUGGCCCCUGCCUAAAUGUGAAGAUUGCUAGUGUUUUGUUUCUGUUAAUCUUCACUAACAGGCUUCUAGGACUACAGAGGUGAAUAAAUUGCCAGUGUCCUGUUGUUUCUUAGAUAGGAUGAUCUGUAUUUGGGAAUAGCCCAAAUCUUUUCAGGUGCUAAUCUUUAAUGUGGAGCGAGGGUGACAUUAAAACAGCAGUGAAACUGCAGUCUAGUGCUUUUGCUAGUUUUCAGGGAGUAGAUAAUGGGUAACCAGAACAAUGAGUUGUACCCAUCUUUUGAGAGGUCUCUCUCCUAAUUCCCAUCUGUUUCCUGCUUUGAAUCUGACCUCUAGCUGUUUGUUUUAGCAGAUGCCCCAAGACUGACUGUUCACCCCUGUGCUGAGCUCUCAAGUGCAAAUACCGUAACACCUUUUUCUGCUGCUGCUGGUAGGAUACAUGAUCAGCCCUUUUCCAGUUCUUUCAUGCAUUUUGUCUUUGCUGCCCUCCUUAAAGAGCUGGAAGGGGAAUCAUGUCUUAAGAUGCUGCUGUAGGUUCUCUUUGUUUCUUUUAGGUAUUGGAAAAGCUUGGAACUAGACAGCAGAGCUGUGAUUGGAUAGUGUGCAGAGCACCCUUAACGUGACAUUAUUAUAUGGAAUUUGUGCUCACCCGGUUUGGCUACUGGUCCUGUAAUUUAAGGUACAUUUCUUGAUGCUUAGAGCUGCAGGAAGGAACCGUGCUUCCCCAUGGCUUAUAGUAUAGCUUCAUUCUUGAGUACCUGGACUUUAGGACUGGGGAGUGCUUAUACCCUGUUACCAUCAUGAGAAAAAUUCACUCUUCCUGGAGCUGGAGAAGCUGCUGUUUCUCUGAGGCUGGCCUCUUUCACCACUGCUGCCUUGCCGAGCAGGAUGCAUACAGCUUCCUUUCCCAGGACCAGGUAGAGAGUGAAAGAGAAAAAUCUGACCCUGUUUGUCAACUUAAGGGCAUGAUGGUGAAGUCCAUUUUUGCAUCACACCUCAAAAGACUGCUUUCUCACCGUAGCUCAUGGGGAAAUUGCUGAGCUGCCACUUCACAGGGUCUUGUAAUCUGGUGCUGAGGAACCCAGGUCCUGAUGAGUAGAUCCAGCUACAAGGGGAUUAAAUUGUUGAUCCGGGUGAUGCACAAACCUCAGAAAGACAGUUUUUUUCUCUGAUCAAGGAUUCUAUACUUCAUUGUUUACAUCUUUCAUAUGAGCAUAAAGUCAAAUGUUGGGGUUUCAUAAUGGGUUUUUAAGUCAUAAAUAUUUUACUUUGAUAUAUUUCCUCCUCACUUCUUAUAAGCAUCUUGUGUUAGAAUACUUACUCUUGGCUUUUUCAACAGAUCACUGCCCAAAUUAAAGUCUCCCUUACUCCACCCACUGAAACCUUCUGAUUCCCAUAAUCCAUUGGCAAUGUUCUUCUACUUGAGGUAGAAGCAAGGAAAAAAACAGGGCCAGGUUUAAGACCCCUUGAAAUUUUAUACUGAUCAGUCUGCUGGUAUCAAAAUCAGUGAAAUCUGUGUCUUUAUAUGAACAGCUGAAAUCAUUAUAGAUGGCCUGGAUACACAGAGAAGUAGUCAAGAUACAAGUCAAAUAUCACGCACAUGAAAUAACUACACUGCUGUAAAUGCUGCUGAUAACCUAUACUUCAGGAGGAGUUAAGAUUCUACCUUUACUUUUAAUAAUUUUUUUAAAAAAGAGGGUUUUUCUAUAAAAUUUUCUGUGAAACUUGGAAUUGCUUGUAAGUCUGAAGGUUUGGAAGCCUGGCUUUAUUUGUGUCUUGCUGUAUCCUACAGAUUCCUCCAGAGGCUCACAAAUUUCUGUAGGCUCAGAUUAUCAAUAUAACCCUUCUUCUUCAAUUUUUACUGGAAUUACAAAGUAGGGACUAAUAUCUUGGCCAACAGGAACAAUGUGAAUGCGGUUUCUCUCUCAGCCUGUGGACUCUGUAGGUGCUGCUAUGCUUGUCUGCUUACCAGGGAGAGCCACGGAAGAUUGGACAUCUCCUGCAGUGUUUGUUUUGCAAAUGACCUCUAGGAUGUUUUUCUUACAUAAAAAUUACAAAGUAUUUACUCAAGAAAUGUUAAAGUUAUAUAUUUUAUAUGUUGUAUGAAAUUUCCAUGUGCAUUUUGUGUCUCUUCCAUUCAUUUCAGAACAAUCAUUUUAAUUGCAGGUCUUAACUAUCCGUAAUAAUUUGGCCUCUUGACUGAGAAUUACAAAAAUUCUCUGUUAAUUGUCUGCCUUACAGCAAAACAUGUUUUCUGCUAAUAAAUUAAUCUGACAGUAA